CCUGUUUGACGGCAACGAACAAUUUUUCUUUUGAAAGUAUAUUAAACAGAACCCACAACAAGCAUUGACCAGGGGAACCUUCUAGAGAUUUUGUAAAAUUUCAACUUGUUAUCUACAAAAUGGUCUCCCUCAAUCCAGUGCAGAUCUUCAGUCGGGGUGCAGAAGAAGAAAAGGCAGAGACUGCAAGAUUGUCGUCAUUUGUUGGAGCUAUUGCAAUUGGGGAUUUGGUGAAGAGCACACUUGGACCUAAAGGCAUGGACAAGAUUCUUCAGAGCAUGGGUCGAAGUGAGAAGAUACAGGUGACCAACGAUGGUGCCACCAUUCUGAGAUCCAUUGGAGUGGACAAUCCAGCAGCCAAAGUGCUUGUUGUUUCAGAGAUUUACCGAAGAAAAGGUCCUGUAUGCUAAAUAAUUCAAAGAGCCAUAACUCUGCAAAAACCCCUACGACGACAUGGCGACCACAUGCACAACUAGAUAUUGUACUGAUAAG